GAAAAUGCAGUCACGGUGGGAUUCUGGACAGUAGUCGUCACCAGGGAGCUGAGGGAGGAAUCAACAAGGACAGUACAUCUCCGCUGUUCUCCCCUCAUCACUACCUCCAUAAAGAAGCUGCCCAUCUGGCAACCACAGCAACCCUCAGAGUGCUCCAAGACCUCCGCGAUGAGGUGGGGAACAAAAGCUUCCUCAGGCUCUUUAGUGUCCAGCAGCCCCCAGCACUGGUCUUCGUCAUGGACACCACUGGGAGCAUGUUUGAGGAGAUCACAGCCGCCCGACUCCGAGCCCUCUCCAUUAUACAGGCCCGUGAAAAGAGCCAACGCACUAGUCUGCCCGGCACCUUCAUUCUGGUGCCUUUUCAUGACCCUGGUUUUGGACCAGUGAUGGAGACGGAUGACCCUCAUCAGUUCAUGCAAUACAUGGAGGAUCUAACAGCUCUUGGAGGUGGGGAUGAACCAGAGAUGUGUCUCUCUGCCCUUCAGUUGGCUCUGACCCAUAGCCCUCCGCUGUCAGAGAUAUUUGUAUUCACCGAUGCCUCUCCUAAAGACCAUCAUCUGCAGAGUGCAGUCCAGGCUCUCAUACUGGAGAAGCAAACAAAGGUGAACUUUUUGCUCACUGAAGAUCUAACACAAAGAGGAAAGGGGAUGAGAAAGAGGAAAAGAAGAGAAUCUUUAUCUCCUAAUAGAUUCUCCCUGUAUUCCUCACUUUCUACCCUGUCUGGAGGAAUGACUAUCUUCACUACAAAAAAAGACAUCCGCAGUGUGUCAGCCAUUGUAGAAGACACCACCAUCUCCAGCAAGGUGACUCUGCUUCACACAGAGGGUGAAUCAGAUUCAUCAAACUCCUUCAGAGUGGACAAAGCUGUGACGAAAGUCAUGCUGCACAUCACUGGCCAACUCGAACAUUGUGAGCUUGUCAGUCCCUCAGGUAUUAAACAAUCUCUUCCUAGUGCUGAUGGUCCUCUGGCAAUGCUAGACUCAUCUAAGGGUCUAUAUAGAAUAAGUCUGCGUCCUCCACUAGAGAUUGGUAUAUGGCAGCUUACAGUCAAAACCACUGGACCAAUGACAUUCAACGUACUAGGUGAUAGCAGCUUGGACUUCCUGUACUAUUUUGCAAGUGAAGCCAAUGAGACACAUCCAGGACUGAGGAAAAUGAAGGGCAGCCCUAUAGCAGGAGUCCCAGUGUUUUUAGUGGUUGCAGUGACAGGCCUGUCACCCAAUGAGGAGGCCUCAUUCAGUCAUGUGACCCUGUUGGGGCCUAAUGGGGAAAGCCUGCAGAAGGUCUUGCUGAACUCCUCAUCUUCUCACUGGUCUGGAGAAGAGCUAGUGGGCUGCAUCGACUCAGUUCCCAGCGUACCAUUCAGCAUGCGUCUCUCUGGAAAGGACAGAAGGGGGAACCUGCUCGAAAGAGUUUCCACUGAGAUGAUUCGACCGACGCACGUCCAGAUACAGGUACAUUCUGCUCCACAACUUCUUCCAGGUCACAGCUCAACUGUGCUGUUUGAGAUACUUAAUCAUGGCCCCAACCGUUACUUCAGUCUUUCAACAAAAGAUGACCAUGGGUAUAUCUCCCACCCAGACCAACAAAGACUGUUUAUCAGUGCAAUGGAUUCUGUAAAGAGGGAGGUUGAGCUAAGGACCCCAUAUACUGCCCAGAUAGGGACAGCCAUCACGCUGACUCUGACUGUUCAGGCAGAAGACAUACCUGAGUCAAAUUAUGCCGUGGUACAUCUGACAGUGAUACCAGAGGAGCUCGACAAAAUGCCUCCGGCUUGUUCUUCCCUGCAUGUGGAGUCUUCCUGUCCUUCUCUGUGCUCUCAGGACAGCUGGGAAGUCUCACUGGUAGCAAAAGACAGAGGUCACUCUGGACUGGCAUCCAUACAGCUGGCACAAGGAGAAGGCACCCUCAUUCUGUCUGAAGAGUCUAUGCAGAGACACAAAGAAUAUUUUACACAACUUCAUGAGGAGACCACAGGAGGAGUCCAUCUUCCAUUGCUACAGCCACAAAAGGCUGAACAGCAUUUUAAAACAGAAGCUGAACAUGGACAUCAGAGGCUGGACGGAGUCCAGUUAUUGAAGGGGGAUCAUCCAGUGAAUAUUAGUGAAUGGACUACAGGGAAACCCAUAAUGAUGCGUUAUUCUUCAGGCUGCUGUGCCCCUCAGGCAGAGAUAGUGCUGUGGGAUAGAGCGGGUAAUAUGAGAAGCUGUCAUCUCAUAGCUACUCAGCAAAGAGCAUUACGAGAAAACAACAGGGCACACAGUGGGCAAUCUAUUUCAUGGCUAGUUUUCAUGUUGUGGGGCCACUUUGCAAUAAGCAUUAUCUAUGAUCACAGAUGAAAUUUGCUUGAGUUGCUCUUAUGCAAAUGUGUGGACACAAAGUACUAGUUUUUAGUACUUAGCAUGCUUAAAUACUAGAACACAGAAAACAAGGAAUGUCACUCAGGGACGGUAUAUUCUGUGAAUGUUUGGUCUUCGCAGGAUAUUUGUAUUAUUAUGUUGGAAUGGCACAUUUUGUACAAAUGAAAAAAAAAAAAGUAAGUCUAAUAUAAUGAUUUCAAGUGUUCACAAUUAAUAGCAUUCUAAUU